AUGGCACAGGAUGCGCGCAUUUUGCGCGCACUUCCUUCAGGUCCACACUCGGUUUUAGAUCCUCAACUAAGCGAGAAAACAACCAAGACAGAAUGGAUGUCUGGAGCCAUCAACCACGCUCAGAACGAGCAGACUAGUCAUGACCAAUUUCCCGAACUUCCUCGCAAUGGCACGCUGGAAUUGUCGCCCAAUGUCUUACAGGCUCUAGAGGAAGCAUCAACAGAGGAUGGCCAGGAUCAUGUCGUAUUAGAGAAGAGAUUGCGAACUCUUCCAGCCUGGAUCGGAUCUGUUGAUUACAAGGAACCUGAGGGCGAAUCUUCUGCCGCCUCACGACUACUACCUUCGCAUCCCGAUGAUGCCGUUGUCGCUCAGCAUAACCACUCACCCUAUACGACUGCAAAAGUAGACUUCGCGGGUCGAGGAACAAGCUUGGAAGAAGGGCGCGCGACAUCGCCUCGUGAAUCGCGUUGGAAAAAUUUCUCUAAAUCAAUUGCCUACCCGAGGGACCCAGGUGCUGGGGAAAAACUUGUGACCCCCGAAUGGCUGAACGAAAACCAUGGUGACUACUCGCAACCAUGGCGUGGAAGACUUGAAGACUGGAGUGGGGAGGAUACAGAAGAUCCGCUGAGAAUGAAACGGCGGAGAGAGAUUUGGUUUAAACGCUUCCAUCAUACCUUAUUGAAGAGUCCUAUAGUACCCUUGGUUUUUCGCCUAACGGUGUGGGUCUUUUCGCUCACUGCGCUUGCGCUUGGAGCCUCCAUUCAGCAUAUGUCGCGUGCAUAUGUGCAUCCGCAGGGCCCCUCAGCACUAAUGGCGAUUAUUGUUGAUGCCGUGGCCCUGGUUUACCUGGUGUAUAUCACCUGGGAUGAAUAUACUUCCAAACCGCUGGGCCUUCGCUCCCCAUCGGCCAAAGCACGGCUUGUCCUUCUGGACAUUUUCUUCAUUGUCUUUGACUCUGCCAACCUAAGUUUGGCCUUUGAGUCACUGUCCACAGUUAGUGGCGCAUGCACCAUCGGUGAGGUUAACCAGCAGGUGGCUCCUAAGAACGAUGCAAUCUGCGACCGACAAAUCGCGCUAGCCAGUGUUCUAUUAAUUGCUCUUUUGGCUUGGCUUACAACAUUCGCCAUUAGUGUUUUAAGACUCGUAGAUCGCGCUGCACAAUGA